AUGUCUUCAUCUACUACCUCGAUCCCAGGCUCUGACAUCGACCCCAGCAGCCUUACUCCCAUGCUUCAGACUCAAUCUUCUCCUACAGAGUCAACAUGCAAGUCCGGCAGACCCCAACUAACACUGACGAUCCCCGAGGAUCAGGAUGAUAUCUCCCCCAAAAUUCCUGAAGACCAAGAUGUUGCCUCUUCUGAGGUUCCUUCAGUUGCAGUUCAAGCCCUACGCGCACGACAAUGGGGCAGGAAGCUUCGUACUUUCGAUAAACACUACAAAGGCUACCGCAGCAACUGGGAAUCAGUAAAGCUUCAAUGGAGUCUUCUAUGUAUGUUUAGCAUGGUAUAUAAGGGAGUCGAACGAGAGAAAGGCUGGCUUGCUGAAUGGGAGGAUGAGGCCGCUUUUACUUAUUUUUUAGAGAAGACUGUCGCAUCCUGGGUGGAGAAUCUUCCAGAUGGCAAUAGAGUCAUCCUUGAAGAACUGGCUACUAUCUUAGGAGAGUCCUGGGCCGUUGAUAAUAGUAGCGACGCUACUGUCAAGGAGUAUCAGGACCGCGUGAGGAAGUUCGUUGAUCAUAAUAUGGCCCCUGUCCCUGAGGAAGACCAGGGACUCGAGGAAUUGGAGCUGAUGGACUUUCACUGA